GUUAUUAUAAUAUUAUAGUGGAUAGACCGAUAAGGCGUUUAGAUAAGAUACUAGAAUUAGAUAGGCAGUUUGACAAGUAAACAGUAAACAGUGAACACUGACGACACAAUCGACGCAUGACCAUUUAUGGGAAGCUCGAUGCUCAAAGCUGUCAACAUACAGACUCCAACAAGUUAAAUUUCGUCGUUGUUGUUGUUGUUUGUCGUUUUGGUUUUGAUUUGUGAACGAUAUCGUUUGAACGGGUGAGAUGGCGUUGACCGGCUGCUAUGCGUUCAUGAAACACGUAGUCACCCUCCUAAAUAUCCUGUAUUUGUCUUGUGGCUUAUUGUUAAUGCUACUUGCAAUAUGGAUGUGGGUAGAUCCAACAUUUUCCUUAAGUAUGGUACAAGAUGAAGCCAGUUACUAUACAGGUGUAUAUCUUAUUCUAUUCGUUGGAACAUUGCUUCUAAUCGUUGGAUUUCUUGGGUGUGCAGCUGCAAUAAGUGAAUCUCAAUGUUCACUCGUUCUUUAUUUCUGUCUAUUACUUGCUGUUCUCGUGGCUCAGAUAUCAGCUGCUGUCUGGAUGUAUGCAAAUAAUGAUAAGUUGGUAGAAUUAGUUCGAUAUACUGUUAAAACAACUGUUCAAUCAGAGUAUGGCUCAAUUGAAGGCCGCACAGAAACAUUUGAUGCUAUCCAGAGUGGCUUUGAAUGUUGUGGUGCAUCAGGCCCAUCUGAUUGGGCUGGGAGCAAAUAUAAUAACCCACAGACUGAAAGUCUAGGACUUGCAAUAAGUUCUCCAGAACAGUCAUAUAAAAUUCCUGCUUCUUGUUGUAAAGGUGACCCUAAACAAUGUUUAGAUGCUCAAACAGCUGUAGCUUCAGGACCAAUUUCUGAAUUAAUUUAUUCAGAGGGAUGCACCGAAAAAUUAUUGUAUACUUCACGGAAGAGUAUGAUUAUAUUCCUUGUAUUGCUGGUGGCAAUUGGUUCAGUUGAAUUCUUUGGUUUAGUUUUGGCAUUAAUAUUAUGUUGUGCUAUAAGAGCAGUCAAUACAUACAAAAAUUAAAUUAUGAUGUCAAUUGAUUUAAUCUAACUUAUACAAAAUAGCCCUAAAUGUAUUCUAAAAUUCUGAUUCAAUACUAAUUAUAAAUUAUCAUUAAUUUCAUUAAUUUGUCUAUUGUUAUUGCUUAAUGAUUCAGUGACUAACAUUAGAAUUAAAAUAAGCAAAUCAUUUUAUUUUAUUUUACUCAAACAAUGGUCAAGCAACUAUACCUUUUAUGUAUAUUAUCCUUACAUCACUAUAUGUAUUCACUCCAUCUUAAAGUGUUCAAAUUGAAUUUAGUAUCUUCCUUUUUUUAUUACAUUAUUGUAUAGACUAUUUUUUUACAUCACAAAAUAACUAACAAUUUGUAAUGAAUAGAAAAAUAGAGUUUAGACAUAUAAAUAUUUAUUUAAUGUAUCAAUUUUUUAAAUAUUUAAUUUAUAAUUAGUUGAUCUAAUUCAGUAUUAACCACUCUUAGAUUCACUAUAAUUUAUUUAUUAAUCAAUUUUGGUUUUUUACAAAAUAAUCUUGUCAAAUUAUUUUUUUUUAUAUAUUUGUGUCAUAAUAUUAUUUAAUAUGCUUAAAUAAUAACCCAUGACUGUUAUUAUAUAGAAUUUUUUACUUAUGUGUUCUUGUUUUUUUUUUUUUUUUAUUGUUAUUAUUUUUUUUUUUUUUAUAUAUAUAUAGAAAUUAGAUAUUUUAAUUUUACUUUUAAUACAUAUAACAAAACAAAAUAUUUAUAAAUUAUAGUAAAAUUGUUCUAUAAUGUAUUUUGUAUGCUUAAAAGUACUAAACAAUAUAAUUACAAAAUGCCAUCAUAGAUUUUAAGGUCACUUUAGUCAUGUAAUUUUAAAAUUGAUUUAAUUUAACUAAUUUGAGCUAAUAUUAGUUCCUAGUCUUAUUGAUUAUUCUCAAGAUAUUGUCGUGUGUCAAAAAUAUUGAUCUGUUAAUGAUGAUAGUGUAAGUUGUUUAUGAAAUUUAUAACAAGAAUAUUUAUUUAGAUUUGAUUGCUUUUAUAUACUGAAAUGUAUUAUUUUAUUAAAACAAUUAACUAUAAGUUAUAACAACUGCUAAACAUUGUUAAUUUUUCUAAUAAACUUAACAUUAUAUCUUAUGUGUUAUCUAUUACAUUAAAUUGAACUAAAACUUGUUUUAUUUGGUA